UCAUGAUGUACCUCCGUCUGCCGUACUGCAUACUGUGAAGGGCAAUAAUAUGAUGGACACCCAAACACCCUUCACACCUAAUUCGAGACCACAAUCUCCGUCACAGAACUUCAAUCCGCAACUCCCUUUUCUUCCCAUACCACCACCACCUUCCUCCUCCUACCAUCCACAGCUUGCAAUCUCUUCACCGUCUCCAGUCGAUCCUGACGACGUCGGCGCAGCUCCCGACUUUAACACGCCUAGAGAUAAUUCAUUAGAACCUCUUUCGGAUUCCGCACAACUUCUUACCGCCCAGCUCAUUUCCUCACACAUGACUUCGAGAACGCCGAAGUCUGGAACACCGCGUCCUCGCACCGCUGGUGAAGGUGACGGCUCUGGAGCGCAGAGGUCUCCAGAAAGACCACUUAACGUUACCGAUGCGCUUAGCUACCUCGACGCAGUCAAAGUCCAAUUUCAGGACAAGCCAGACGUAUACAACCAUUUUCUAGAUAUCAUGAAGGAUUUCAAGAGCGAAGUAAUCGACACGCCUGGAGUGAUCGAGCGUGUGUCGAUGCUAUUCCACGGACAUCCCUGUCUUAUCCAGGGAUUCAACACGUUUCUCCCCCCUGGCUACAGAAUAGAGAUGUCGGCAGACCCGCGCGACCCCAAUAUCAUCACCGUCACAACACCCUUAGGGACGACCACUCAGAGCACAAGCGCUUUCGAGCAGAUCUCCCGCAUCACUCGUGACCCUACUGCAUCUAAGUCCUUGCUUCCGCUUCCACCCACCGGCGGACCCGGGUUUCCCUUCCAACCAAUUACCCGUUCGACGACACCAUCGAUUACUCCCUACCAGGUCCCGCAUAUGUCACAACCUGUGGACGCUUACUCUUCAGGCCUUCAAAUACCCUCCACAACUGCUGCUGCGUCAUUCCUUGGCAAUUUGUCCAACCGAAACGCUGUAGAAAAUAAAUCAUCAGGGGAGUUUAACCAUGCAAUACAGUACCUGAACAAAAUCAAGGAGCGCUAUACCGAAGAUCCCGAUACAUACAAGCAAUUUCUCGAAAUCCUGCAAACCUACCAGAAGGAGCAGCGUCAGAUCCAAGAUUCGCAAGUAUACGUGCAGGUGCAUGGCCUGUUCAAGAAUGCUCCAGAUCUGCUCAGUGAAUUCAAGGAUUUCUUACCUGAAGCAUCAAUGGCCCUGGGUCACAGUGGGGUUGUCGGUAUUCUUCCGCAGCCAACUAGUGGUCCAGGGGUGCCAGCACCUUGGGUGGAUGCGGGCGACAAGAAUGGCAAGAAGGCGCAGCUUCCACUCAAAAAACGGAGAAAGGCUCCAGAAAAGGAGACGACUCCUGCGCCGGCUGUGCGAACUGUCCCAAGUCGAGCCAAGAAGCCCAAGCACACGCACAAAGGUGCCGACCCAGACUCUCCGCAGUUUAAUUCUUACGGAUUACCGGAAUCACCUCCCCACCAUCCCCUGCAAUCACACGCUGGUAUGCUACCGCCACCCCAAAUGCACAAUCUAGUAUUGCAAGGCCCCCAGCCAGCUGCCAACACGUCACACCCCCAAUCAGCGCCUGAUGAACUCAUCUUCUUCGAGCGCGCGAAGCGCACGUUGGAGAGCAAGGAGACAUAUGAGGAGUUCCUCAAGCUCUUGAACAUGUACUCCAAGGACAUCAUCAAUGCGAAGACACUUGUGAACAUGGCUCAAGUGUAUUUAGGCGAUGGUGAUCUACUUUCGCAGUUUCGGGAGGUGGUUGGGGUCGAUGAACGGCAAGACAGUAUCGAAAAUGGUCCCCCUGGGAGCAUCCGCACCGGCCCGCCCGAAGCCUUGUCUGCACUACCAGCUGAGGAUGGUGAAGGACCAAGCUAUCGGCGGUUACCCGAAAGCGAAGUUCAUUUGGCGUGUUCGGGCCGCGACGAACUCUGUCGUUCUGUGCUCAAUGAUGAAUGGGUUUCACAUCCAACAUGGGCGUCUGAAGAAGCAGGCUUUAUUGCGCACAAGAAGAACUCGUUUGAAGAAGCACUGCACAAGAGCGAAGAGGAACGACACGAAUAUCACGUCCAGCUCGAAGCCCUUGCACGCACGAUCGCUAUCAUCGAGCCUAUCAACUCCCGCAUCGAAGACAUGACUAAUGAAGAACGCUCUAGUUUCCGACUCAAGCCUGAUUUUGGUGGCUCGAGCAAGAGCAUAUACCACCGGACGCUCAAGAAAGUUUAUGGCCGAGAUGCCGGAAUCGAAGUCAUUCAAGCCCUGCAAGAGUGUCCCAGCGUCGCUGUGCCGGUGGUCCUCGCUCGGCUGAAACAGAAAGAUGAAGAAUGGCGACGCGUGCAACGAGAAUGGAAUAAAACGUGGCGAGAGGUUGACGCCAAAAAUUUCUACAAAUCUCUUGAUCAUCAAGGGGUCACUUUCAAAUCGAACGAUAAGAAGGUCGUCACUGCCAAACACUUCGUAGGAAAUAUCGAGACGGUCAAAGCCGAGCAAGCAGAGUCGCGUGCACAGCAGGGUCUCCCAUCAUUUGCUGCGGUUUUGCCAGGCCAUCAACUGGAAUUUCCUUUCAAGGACAUGUCCGUCCUUCAAGAUUCCCUUAAGCUGGUUUACUCAUUCUUGGAUCAUUCACAUGCACACUAUACUCCACAAGAACGUCGUGGGGUGGAAGGUUGGCUGCGGUCGUUCAUCCCCCUCCUAUGUAUGUGCCCAGCUGCCGAGUUCAAUGCUGGGUUCGCGCCUUUGGACGAUCCGCGAGACGAGGAGAUGGACCCACAAGCUUUAGAUGGGCCGCGGAGCGAUCACGCAAUGCCGUCUACGAGCGGACGUUGCCCUUCGGGGAGUGUAAUAGCCGCAGGCGACCUUCGCAAGCGGUUGUUGAAAUCUUCGCAAGAGAACACCAUUAGAUCAGAAGGGAUGGAUACGUCUUCGUCAUCCCAAUCAAGAGGAACCACGCCUCAUUCCGACGGCGUAUUAUCUGAUACCUCCCCUGAGGAUAAUAGCAAUGCAAAAAUGGCUCCACCCCAAAACAAUUCUCCAGAUCAGUGGAUCCGCGAUGCGUCUGCCAAUCAGGCGCCUCCUAUUUCGGGAGACGGAACCUCUAGACGAAACCCGUUUUUCGCGAACACGACGUUCUAUACCGUGUUCUGUUUGUUACAGUUAAUCUAUUCUCGUCUGCUUGUGUGUAAGGAAGAAGGCGCUCACCAGACUGCGAAAGGUCUAAAUCCUGCGGACUGCAAUCCUAUCGCCGUCGAAUUAGGACUAGAUGAUCCGAAUGGACCGCCCGCGAUACUUACACAGGCUAUGGAAGCUAUGUGCAACCGUCAGACUCGUGACGCGACUGACGUCGUCUAUCUUUAUAUGUUGGAGGCGUUUGAAAAGCUUUUUGAUAACGAGCUUGAUCAAGGAUUAUUUGAGGAGCAUAUGCGAUGGUUUUUCGGCAACAAGGCAUAUCACCUUUUCACGUUGGACAAGUUGUUGUCUUCCUUAAUCAAGCAGGUGCAGAUUCUUUUGUCAGAUAACAAGUGCCAGGAGCUUUGGACGCUACUUCAAGAAACGCGUAAAGUCGAUGCACUAUCCAAUCAGGACAUGAUUCGCUAUCGACGCGAGGCAGAAUGUCACGUGGGAGCGGACGAACACUUGUACAGGUUUGAUUGGCAUUGGUCUUCGAAAACAAUGUUUGUCCAACUUGUUGAACCUGACGAUCACAGCGUGAAUGGCGACGGAACGACGAUUAAUCGGUGGCGAGAAUAUAUCGACUCGUAUGUGCUACGCCAACCGACAGAAUGGAUAACACAGCAGAAACGUGAAGGAAAGGUAUUUUUGCGUAGGCACAUAACGAUCGACGAAUCACCGCGAGGCAGUUCAAGUUGGGAUACGAUGAGUAUCCGAGUAAGCCUAGGCACAUACAAGAUCUUCUAUGAAUCAAGCGCUGAAGAUGUAUACGUUCGGCGGAGGAGUAGAGAAGAGGAGAAGGAACUGAGGGAACGGGCAAAGGUGCGGGAGGAAGAGCGUAAACGAAGCCGGUGGUUGCAUUGAUCUUUUAAUAUUACCAAUAUGAAAAUAGGCUGGUUUUUUUUUUGGUACAAACUUGAUAAUAUAUAUUCAUGUGAUGACAUAAAAA